AUGUCAAAAUAUAUUGAAUACGGUCUAAGCAAGCUAUUCUACAGCGCUAAAGGGCGUGAUGCAGGUCUAUUUUCCAAGAACGCUGCAUUCGCGGACUUCCCAAAGCCCACUAUAGAGCUUGAGUGUCCUGAGGUUGGCCCAUCAGGAUCCCAACUACACAAGGACCACUCCGCAGACGGCGCGGGACGAUUCCCAACGCUGAGCUGGCCAGCCGCAUCUCCAGAGACCAAGCAGUUCCUUCUUGUCAGUGAGGAUCCCGACGCGCCUCUACCAAAGCCUAUCGUCCAUGGCAUUUAUAUGGGAAUCCCACCCACGGUGACGAGUGUCAGUGAAGAUGACUUAGCCCAGACGGCAGAGACUGGGGUGCUGAAGAGUGGAUUCCGAUAUGGCAAGAACCGACGGAGUACCGUGUAUAUUCCCUGCAAGCCCCUGCUGGGACAUGGGCCGCAUCGCUAUUUCUAUACGAUUGUCGCGCUUAGUGAGCCGAUUGACAUCACCAAGCUUAGCGAGUUCCCUACUAUCGAAGAGGUAGCAAGUGAGAUCGAGGGCAAGGUCAUUGGAUGGGGAGAAUGGAUUGGUGUGUAUGAACGGGAAUGGAUCUAG